AUGACUACAGAAAGCACUUCCGUUGAUCCUCUCAUUUUCUUCUCUGUCCGGUGGCGGAGAAGAUGUAGCCCAGAAAAGUGGGUUAUCUCUGCGGUUGGAGAAUUCGGAGGGAAUCUGAGUUUUGUCGUCGAAUUGGGAGUGGGAUUUCCGCGAAACAGCGCUUACGCUGUGAGACCGCCGCCGCGAGGUAGAUGGAGGGGCUCUGGCUUCCGCCUCCGGGGCACCUCUUCUGGAAGUCGACUUGAAGAACGAAGCAGAGUCCUGUACGACAGCUUCACCAGUUUAAAGGAUGAGCCUUUUCGUCUCUCUACGGGUCGGUCUGGCGAUGAAAUUGAUCAAAGUGACCUUUUGAAGGCAACUCCACCAUCAGGUGUUGUCCCACAGCUAGAGCACGAUGUUAAUAGUGUCUCUUAUCCUCGGAACAUUCUGCAGCCAGUUGAUAAAUAA